AUGUCACAGACUGAGACUAUCUAUCUAUCUAUCUAUCUAUCUAUCUAUCUAUCUAUCUAUCUAUCUAUCUAUCUACCAGGACCUCAAACUUCUAUCAUUUCUGUAUCUUUCUCUUUCUUUAAUUUAUACCAAUUUUCUCUUUCUCACACUUUUUUUUUUUUUGCUUAUUCUCUUUUAUUUCCCUUUCUCUUUUACUUGUUUUUCAUUGUUUUACAAAAAGGCUUCUCCCACUUUCCUUUUUCUUUCUGUUCUUUCAAUUCACCAUUUAUAUAUCUUUCUUCACUUCCUUUUUCCAUUUUCCAUUCCACGUUCUCUUACUUUGAAAAUGCCUUUCAGAAUUGUCCUCUCCUUGGUUCAUUAAUUUAUUCUUUUCUUUUCUCUCGCUUUUAUAUCAUAUUCCUCUCUUAUAGUUUUUUUGUUCCUAAUCUAUCUCCAACCCUACGCCUUGUCACAUGUCUACACACUAUUUUACCUUCAAUGACAGAGAGUACCCAUGGGCUUCACAGGUUGACGGUGGGCGAACGGGUUGACAAAAUAAAGAAAACAAGUGUCUAA